CGUCAUCGGAAGCCGCAUUCUCUUUCAUGGAAGUUUGGUUUUUGUUUUGUUGCGUUUAAUUAUUAAUAUUUUAAUGAUACUAUAAAAAGAUAUAUACGAUAAAAUGCGCAUAACAAACGUAAGACGCGGUAGAAUUAUUCGUAUGACCGCGAUUGGUGCGAUCCUUUUAAUUUUAUUGUAUGCUGUGCAUUCUUAUUCGUAUGUAAGUGUCGACGUUGAUUCUAACGAUAUUGUAAUAUCGGAUGCUCAGCCGAAUUAUCAAAAGUUCCAUAGAGAUGUAUAUCCAACGUUAAAAACCGAACUUGGCAACUUUGAACCAAAAACAAAAUGGACCGUGAAAGGGCCAGGAGAAGAGGGUAUGCCGUAUCACAUGUCACAAGAUCGUGCCAAUGAUAUUGCAGAAUCUGAAAGUGAAUAUGGCAUGAAUAUAGCAGCCUCUGAUGAUAUUGCAAUGAACCGGUCCAUACCAGACACGCGACUAGACGAGUGCAAGUAUUGGCAUUAUCCCCACGACUUACCCACCACGUCUGUUAUCAUAGUGUUUCAUAACGAGGGCUUCACCGUCCUCAUGCGCACAGUUCACACUGUGAUCGAACGAUCACCGCCGCACGUAUUACAUGAAGUUGUUCUGGUAGACGACUUCUCCGACAAGGACAAUCUCAAAGAAAAUCUAGAUAAUUAUAUAAAAAGAUGGCAUGGUAAAGUUCGACUCAUUAGAAAUACUCGGCGAGAGGGUCUCAUUCGUACCCGAUCCAGAGGCGCCAAAGAGGCAACCGGUGACGUCAUUGUAUUCCUAGAUGCCCAUUGUGAAGUAAAUGUAAAUUGGUUGCCUCCUCUUCUCGCCCCAAUUUAUAGAGAUUAUAGAAUUAUGACGGUUCCAGUAAUUGAUGGCAUUGAUCACAGAACAUUCGAAUAUAGACCUGUUUAUCAGCACGGGACAAAUUACAGGGGAAUUUUUGAAUGGGGAAUGCUCUACAAAGAGAACGAAGUUCCAGACAGAGAAGCAAAUCUGCACAAACACAAAUCCGAACCCUAUAAAAGUCCAACGCAUGCUGGUGGUCUUUUUGCUAUUAACAGACGAUACUUCUUGGAGAUCGGUGCAUACGACCCAGGACUUUUGGUUUGGGGUGGAGAAAACUUCGAAUUGAGUUUUAAAAUUUGGCAAUGUGGCGGAAGUAUAGAAUGGGUACCGUGUUCCAGAGUAGGUCAUGUCUAUCGCGCGUUCAUGCCAUACUCGUUUGGAGAUUUAGCGAAAAACCGCAAAGGAUCCCUAAUAACUAUUAACUACAAAAGGGUCAUUGAGACAUGGUUCGAUGAAGAACAUAAGGAAUACUUUUACACGAGAGAACCCAUGGCUAGGUUCUUGGAUAUGGGAGACAUAAGUGCACAGGUGGCAUUGAAAGAAAAAUUAAAAUGCAAAGACUUCGGAUGGUUUAUGGAAAAUGUGGCGUACGAUGUUUAUGAUAAAUUUCCUAAACUGCCUAAAAAUGUUCAUUGGGGCAUGGUUAGAAAUAAAGCAGCUGAUCUUUGCUUGGAUACCAUGGGAAAAGCAGCUCCAGCAUACAUUGGCACAACAACCUGUCAUGGAGCGGGCAACAAUCAACUGUUUAGACUGAAUGAGGCAGGACAACUUGGUGUAGGAGAGAGGUGCGUUGAAGCAGACAAGGAGAGUGUCAAACAGGCAAUCUGCAGGCUUGGCACUGUCGAUGGCCCAUGGAGGUACGACGAAAAUCACAACCAAUUAAUACAUCGUCUCCACAGUUAUUGCCUUACACUACAACCUAACUCAAGAACACUAGGCUUAGCUCCGUGCGACCCUAACAACACAUUCCAACAAUGGACGAUCACACAUAAAAAGCCUAAUUGGUGAAUAUGUUUCGUUUUUA